CAUAUGAAGACGAGCCCAGUCCUAGACACGGAGAGAGAGAGAGAGAGGCUGUCCCUUUCCCCACAUGGAAAAUAUCUCCUUCUUUUAUAGCAGCUCCAUGCCUCCAUUGUCAAUGGCAGACACACCAAGGGGAUGGAUAGUUAGUUAGUUAGUACAACAUCUCUAUGAGAGGAGAACCUAGCUAGAAAGAAUGAAGAGGAAUAAUGCCACAAGUAGCUCCGCACUUCCAAUAUACUACUUCAUUUUGAUUUUCUUGAGCUUUUCCGAUUCAGCUGCCGAGAAGCCGCCGCAGCUGCGCCAGGAUGAAGUUAGGGCGUUGAAGGAGAUUGGGAGGAAAAUGGGGAAGAAGGAUUGGGAUUUCAGCAAGGAUCCGUGCAGUGGAGAGGGGAAUUGGAGUUUGCCCAUUCUCAGGAAAGGAUUCGAGAGCUCUGUUACUUGUGACUGCACUUUUGAUCAGAAUUCUACUUGCCAUGUUGUUGGCAUAGCUUUGAAAUCCCAGAAUCUAACAGGAGGCGUUCCGCCGGAAUUUGCCAAACUUCGCCAUCUUACGCAUUUGGAUCUCAGUCGUAAUAACUUCAAUGGUUCCAUACCUCUUCAGUGGGGUAAAAUGAGUUUGGUUGAUUUGUCUUUCAUGGGAAACAGAUUAUCUGGUCCAUUUCCAGAGAUGAUUACCAAAAUGACCACCCUUGUAAACCUGAGUCUUGAGGGUAACCAAUUUUCUGGGUCUAUUCCUUCCAAAAUCGGCCUAUUGGUCAACUUGAAAAAACUUGUUUUAUCAUCAAAUACAUUCACAGGAGAUUUACCAGAGGCCUUUUCGAAGCUUACCUCCUUAAUUGAUCUGAGGAUAAAUGACAAUAACUUCACUGGACAUAUUCCCAAUUUUAUCAGCAGCUGGACGCAAAUUGAAAAACUGCAUAUGCAAGGUUGCUCUCUCAAGGGACCAAUCCCUUCUUCUAUCUCAGCCCUAACAAAAUUGACUGAUUUGAGGAUCAGUGAUUUAACAGGUGGAGGAUCUGUGUUUCCCCCUCUAAGCAAAAUAAAGUCCUUCAAAGUGCUGAUACUCCGAAGUUGCUUAAUACAUGGCCAGAUCCCUGAUUACAUUGCAGACAUGAAGACUUUGAAAGUCUUGGACCUAAGCUUUAAUAAUUUGACUGGAGAAAUUCCAGCUGCUUUCAGCCGUCUUACCAGGGUUGAUUUUCUGUAUUUGACGGGAAAUGAACUUACUGGACAAAUUCCUAUGUGGAUCCUAGAACGAAAUAAGAAUGCCGAUCUAUCUCUUAACAACUUCACCUCCGAAAGUUCCACCCCGUCUGAGUGCCCACGAGGGAGUGUGAAUUUGGUGGAGAGUUUUUCAUCAGCAGCUACUGAACCAGUUCAUCCGUGCAUGAGGCAGGAGUUUCCAUGCUCAGACCCCAGAAAAAAGCAGCAUUACUCAUUGCACAUCAAUUGUGGCGGCAAACAAAUAAACAUCCCUGGAGAUUCGACAUUUGAUGCUGAUUCGGAACCCAGAGGUGCUUCCAUGUAUUACCCAAAACAAAACCACUGGGCGUUCAGCAGCACCGGGAACUUCAUGGACAAUGAUUUAGAUUCUGAUAACUACAUAGCGACCAAUGUUUCUACAUUAUAUAAUGUCACUGAGCCAGUAUCAGAGCUGUACAAAACUGCACGCGUCUCUCCCCUUUCGCUCACUUAUUAUGGCCUUUGUCUCCUAAAUGGAAACUACACUGUGAAGCUUCACUUUGCAGAAAUUGCUUUUACCAACGGUAGCACGUUCAACAGCCUUGGCAGGCGCAUAUUCGACGUCUACUUGCAGGAAAAGUUAGUGUUGAAGGAUUUCAACAUUGCUGACGAGGCUGGCGGACCGGGUAAGCCUCUUGUGCGAAAAUUCACUGUAGCGAUAACGAGCCACACUCUGAAGAUUCAUCUGUACUGGGCGGGGAGAGGAACGACUGGUAUUCCACAGCGUGGAACUUAUGGGCCUCUUAUAUCUGCCAUAUCUGUGGAUCCUAAUUUUAAACCACCGGUAUUCCACAAGAUAAAUACGCCUGCUGUGGCUGGUGGAGCAGUGGCUGGAGCAUUACUUGUAGCUCUGAUUCUAGUCAUCUUGAGAAAGAAAGGCUACCUUGGAGGGAAAACUCCUGUCGAUAAAGAGCUUCGAGGCCUUGAUCUGCAAACAGGGCUCUUCUCAUUGAAGCAGAUCAAGGCUGCAACAAAGAACUUUGAUCCAGAAAACAAGGUAGGUGAGGGCGGCUUCGGCUCAGUUUACAAGGGGCUGUUGUCAGAUGGAACGAUAAUUGCAGUGAAGCAGCUCUCCUCGAAGUCGAAACAGGGAACACGCGAAUUCGUCAACGAAGUAGGAAUGAUUUCUGCGCUGCAGCACCCGAAUCUAGUAAAGCUUUACGGCUGCUGUGUUGAAGGCAAUAACUUGAUGCUAAUCUAUGAGUACAUGGAGAACAAUUGUGUAUCCCGUGCACUAUUCGGAAAGGACACCGAGAAAAAGUUGAAGCUCGAUUGGCCAACGAGGAUUAAAGUUUGUCUCGGCAUUGCAAAAGGCCUAGCUUUCCUCCACGAAGAAUCGAGGCUGAAGAUAGUCCAUCGAGACAUCAAGACUAGCAACGUUUUGCUCGACAAGAAUCUGAAUGCAAAGAUAUCCGAUUUUGGCCUCGCUAAGCUCAUCGAAGACGAUAAGACUCACAUCAGCACUCGAAUUGCCGGGACUAUAGGUUACAUGGCGCCGGAGUAUGCAAUGCGCGGCUACCUCACUAACAAAGCGGAUGUCUACAGCUUCGGCGUGGUGGCACUGGAGAUCAUCAGCGGUAAAAGCAACACCAAUUAUCGACCGGAGGAUUUCGUCUAUCUUCUCGACUGGGCCUACGUUCUGCAAGAGAGGGGCAGUCUUCUGGAGCUGGUGGAUCCCGAUUUGGGAUCUGCGUACUCGUCGGAAGAGGCGAUGGUGCUGCUGAAUGUGGCCCUUCUGUGCACCAAUGCAGCCCCGACUCUGCGGCCGAUCAUGUCGCAAGUGGUGAGCAUGCUCGAGGGUCGGACUCCGGUCCAGGACUUGCUUUCGGAUCCGGGCUUUUCGGCCGUGGAUCCCAAGUUUCAGGCGAUAAGGAACCAUUUCUGGCAGCAGCCGGAAGUUAGCCGGAGCACGUCGACAAAUGAGCUGUAUACUGACUCAUCUCACUCCAAUGUAGAGAAGGACGGAAAUGGGAUAGCUGAAGAGGGCUAAUUAAUUAAAGAGCCGUUGGAUUCAAGUUUUAAAAUUAGGCUUGUAGAAGUUAUGUAUUAGCAUCAAGUCAUCAAGUGUGUGGCUGUUAUAGUAUAAAUCAACAACCCAAUAUAUAUUAAUUGUUGAUUUUUAAAGGUUCAUACAACAAUGUAUCUAAAAUGAUAUGAAACUAUUGCUGAAAUAGCAAAGAUAUUAUUUGUUUCGGAUUAA